AUGGAUAUUGCUCUGAAAUCAUGGGAGCUUGACAACAAUGUCAAGCUGAUAGAUCCGAAGCGAGAUGCACUCUACAUCCACGAUCCCGCCGCCGAGAAGGAGCUGACGAACGCGAAGCCAUGGACGAAAGAUAUCAACUACUUCAAGCACGUCCGCAUAAGUGCCGUAGCCCUCAUCAAGAUGGUCAUGCACGCUCGCUCCGGAGGCGCUCUUGAGAUCAUGGGCUGUAUGCAAGGCUACAUUACCGGUGACACGUUCGUCAUCACUGAUGCGUUCCGGCUGCCUGUCGAGGGUACGGAGACACGGGUUAAUGCGCAGUCUGACGCCAACGAAUACCUGAUCGAAUACACGGAGCUUUCGAGAGCUCAGGGAAGGACGGAAAACGUCGUGGGAUGGUAUCAUAGCCAUCCUGGAUACGGAUGCUGGUUGAGCGGCAUCGAUGUUGAGACCCAAAUGAUGCAGCAGCAGUUUACGGAUCCGUUCCUCGCCGUCGUUAUCGACCCCGACCGAACCAUCAACGCUGGAAAGGUAGAGAUUGGUGCUUUCAGGACGUAUCCUCCCAACCACAAGGCAUCGGGGAAUGCUUCUCCUGGAAGCAAGUCCGAGACCCAGGCUGUCCCUCUUGCCAAGAUCGCCGAGUUUGGUGCUCAUGCGGGCAAGUACUACAGCCUUGAGAUUUCACACUUCAAGAGCACGCUUGACAGCCAUCUUCUUGACCUCCUAUGGCAAAAGUACUGGGUCCAAACGCUGAGCGCCAACCCACUCCUGACAAACCGAGACUAUGGAAACAAGCAAAUACUAGAUCUCAGCUCUAAGAUUUCGGAGGCUACCAGGAACCUGAUUCGUGCGAGGCCUCAAGCAGGCCUGUAUUCAGGCCGGACGGGCGUGGACAAGGCGCUAGAGAAGGUCGCGAAGGAUAGCAGCAUGAUUGCCACAAGAGAGAAGGCAGGAUUACUGGCGGCGGAUGUUAAAGUGAAGGUGUUUGAUGAUCCUUCUGUCAAAACUGAGUAG